AUGAGCAGCUAUCUACUCGAACAAGACAUCGACGAAGUCGCUGUUCCCUCAGCCAAGAGGGAGCGAUCCGACGAGGUUGGCAACGACGACGAAGAAAAGCUGCUAAGCGAAGCGGAACGAGGAGCGAAAAGGCGACGGCCCUCCUUGUCGUGUGAGGAUGAACGAAUUCUAGUCCCAGGCGCAAGAGCCAGCGGAGAUGGAAAACUUGUGGAUGACAGUGCAAAAAGAUAUCCGAGUCUUGCUCUUCCAGCACCGCGAUACACUGGUAAGGGCAUGCUGUUGAGCGAUUUUCAAGGCCUCUGGGAGCAUGUUACCAUGGAGAGCAUCGAUGUGACGGAAGUGAAAGGCAAGGAGAUCAUUUUUCACACCCAAGAACCUGACGCAGCGGAACUAGCGGCUGCGGCCGACGAUCCCCAAUUACUGGCGGCUCUGACGCGAAAAGUCAAGGCGAAAAUCGACACAACAAUGGAAAUGAGUGAAAAUGGCUCUCUGUGCUUCGAAGUCGUCAAAUCUAUCACGUUGAAGUUCUGCGCAUGUGCCGAUAACGACCCAAAUUGCCCACACAAGAAUGCACCUCACCUGCUAUACGAGGUCCAUAGCUUUCGAAUCGGCGGGAAAAAGGCUGCCGCACCUCCAGAGAAGUUGUCCACGUCGAGUAGGUGUGCCAGUAACUCAUCUUCAUCUUCGAAAUCGGAUACAACAGGCGCUGCAUCAGCGAAGGGAAUUGCAAUACCUUCUCAGGGAGCCUUUCUGGGUCCCUUAUUCCCGAGAAGAAAGCGCCGCUCUCCGUGCCCGACCACUGGCGCUCAACGAAAUGACGAGAAGAACGCUAAAGAACCUAGUAGAGUUGAAGGCAUCUUCCCCGUUGUGGAAACUAAAGACGUAGAACUGAAAAAGAGCGUUGUUGACUCUGAUCCUGAUGCCAGCCAGAAAACUUCGUCGUCCCCCGGCUUUCGUGGUGAAAAAGGCACAUUAACUGGUUCUGCUGUUGCAAGUGCCGGAUCUUCCGAUUCGACCAUUUGCAAGAAGUGCAACAAUGGAAAAACUCUCGAUGGAACUGUUGUAGCGUCUUCUUCUAGCUCCAACAGACCCACAGCGACAGCGCUGCGCGGCCAGCUGCAGCGCUUACUAGAAGAUGCAGCAUCCUCAUCGAGUAGUUCGUCCAGCAGCAGCAGCAGCAGCAGCUCGUCAAGUAGUAGUAGGAGCUCGGCUUCACUGAGAUCUUUCUGGAUGUCAACAUCGUCGUCCUUAUCUAGUAAUUUCAGAGCCAGUAAUGCAACGUCAUCUUCCUCGUCCAGUUCACGCAACCCACGACAACUUUUCGCAAAAAGCGCAGUGUCCACAAGUGUGGCAACUACGUCUACUACAUCAUCUGCAUUCAUCACAAACACUUGCACUUGUGCAAGUGCUGCAAGUACGUCGAGUGUGUCCUUGUCCACAGACGGAGUGAGUCCAGUGUUUACAGCGAGUGCAUUGAUUGGUCCUCUAUUGCCCUCCGAGCUAGAAGCAGUACGCCGCGAGCCCGAAGAGGAGCCCGCUGUUGAAGUAAUUGAAGCUACGACGUCAUGUUUAUCCUGGGCAUCAAAAACGGAAACUACGGAAGAACCCAUUCAAUUGCGAGAUGAACACACACGAACCCAGCGCCUGAAGUUUUGUAAGUUACUACGGGACGAAUCUUCCAUGGCAAGAGCGGCAGACUUUCAGCCUGAGAAUGACCUCGAAAGAAACGAUGCUGAUCGAAGCGACGCGAUAAUCGGGUCUAUGGUCAAUGAUACAACGAACAAGAAUGACACCGAAAAUGAUGAACAUCAUGAUAAUGCUAGUACUUCUGCGACUGCGACGAGUGCAAAAGUUGGGCGGCAAGAAGAAGGUGGCAGAAGCCUUUCUUCUCGUCCCAGAGCUGCACGUAGGCCAAAAAAAAUCAAGAAGAAGGUAGAUCAUAGUCCUUUGAUGGAAGCGCUCAUUGAUAUUGGGCGAGAGCGACGCGCAAGGCUGAAAAAUGAAAAGAAAAAAGGAGAUCCUAUUAGCGUUUUUCCUAAACCGAGCUGGAAACCGAGCUGGUGGACGGAUAUAGUACAGAGGAGGAAACGCGAGAGGAAACGGAACAGAAUAGCCAGUGAAUUCUCGCGCGAGAAUUCGUUUGUGAAGUGGCGCCGUGGCGGGCUUCCGAAAUACCUCCAGAACCGGUUGCCGGUUUUGUAUACCUGGACGCGAGACGAAAAACUAAUGAAAAACCCCAAUCUAAUUUAUGAAGAAAAAUUCGCAGAAAUAAAGCGCAAAAAAAUGAGAUUGAGGGAGGGCACCACUGACGAGGGCGGUUUAUUCUCCCAGCAUGGAGGUGACGAUGAAACUGACAGUGAAUAAUGAAAACACACCAUUUGCAUUAACAUUGAUAGGAGACAAAGAGAAGCGGGAGAAAACUUUUUGGAAUGAACACCGUUGUCGAAGAACAGCAUGGGAUGGACCGACAACGGUCGAUGAAAUGUGCUGUUUGCCUAAAGUUUCUUCUCCUCGUCGUUUACCUUUGUUUGGUCGUGGACUACGCGUAACACUAACAGUGUUUUCAAUAUAUAAGAGGUGUUGAU